ACCACAACACAAACAAGAAACCAAAGCUGCCAUUACUCUUCAUCCCAUCAAACCAACAAAAAAAAAUGGCAUAGCCGCCAUUGCCGAGAUACGUGGUGCUGAAGUACAAGUACAACAACAAGUACAUGCGAUUUAUGAUGUGGAUUUCUGCCUCAUGGACGCUAGAAUCUACGACCAGUCCAUCGUCACCAUGGCCACUGGGGUCGCUAGUAACGGGACGUCGACUCCCAACACGACGAAAGUGAAGAUGAGCUACACUGACACCAAGAGCAGCACCUGGUCUGGAAAUGUGUCCCUCAAGGCCGGAGUGAAGACUACCAUCAAGACAGGCAUUCUGUUCCUUGUUGAAGGACACAUUGAGAUUUUUGGGGAACUCUCAGGAGGUUACACGUGGGGCGAAACCAACGAGUCGUCAAACACGUUGGAUACUGAGUACGAGGUCAAUGUGAAUCCCAUGAGUUUGACCCAAAUCAGUCUGUUGGCCACCAGAGGAUCUUGUGACAUCCCUUACUCUUAUACUUAAAUGGACACUCUCACCAACGGCAGCCAAGUUACUUACCGAAUGGAUGAUGGUGUCUAUACCGACAUCAAUUCCUUCAACUUCAAAUAUGAGACCAAGGAGGAAAAACUCGUCAUCUGAAUGAUGAACAACCUGCCGUGAUCAUAUGGGAGGUGGCUAGCUGGUUCUUAAACUAUACUAAGCUAAAUAACGUUGACGGUCUCAACCUGCAAGCUCCCACUUCUGAAUCCAAUGUACCUUUAUAUCAUGUGCAUAUAAGAUGCAUCUAUCUCGUGGACCGCGCGACUGCGUGCUUGACGAUUUGUUUCUGUAUUUUGUUUUCAUUUGCUUUGUGUGUUUCAUUCAAUGUAUGAUACGUGUGGCUUUUAGGCAUGCCCGUGUACCAUAGAGGAAAAAACUAAAAAAUCAAUACUUUGAAGCAUUGUAAAAUUUCUCAAACUUAUUUCAUUGUUUCGUAGAACUCUUGAUGGGAAGUUCUUCUGAAUUGCAAAACAAGCAAAAUUUAGGCAGGUUGCAAAAUUUUCCCUACCAAUUCAGAGGAGCAUAUGAAAGCAAAGGAAUUAGAUAUAUUUUGAGUAGGUGACAUGCUAUGACACAACACCUAACAAUGGCCAAGUGUACCAAUGAAAGGGACUGCAGUAUAGUGGCACAAGUAAUAAAUAUCGAAUCCACGGAUCUCUAGAGUUACUAUUACUCAGCUUCAGUUCAUUAUCUAGCAAACUAGAUUAAGGAUUGAUUUACUAAACUACUCUACUAACUACUCUACUAAUUACAAGUUGGGAACUCACUUAGGUAUGAUUCCCCCUAGCUCCUCAAUUAGGUCCAAGUUGCAAUUACCUUUGGUUGAUCUACUGUUGAUUAAACUGCGGAAGAUCCUAAAUUAGCUUGGAAUCUCUUAAGCUGACCAAGCCCUCUUAGACAGAAUACCGGCAGGCGACUAGCCUUCACCGGGAUAGACUGCUAAGGCUAUUCACACAGAUCUCCACUAGUGGAAUGAAUUCCAGUACAAAGCAGUGAAUUGAUUGACUCUCGCACAACCAAUUCACCACUAUCAAUCAAGGAAGCUCUCUUAACCUAAUAAGAUUCUAUCUAUCAUAGGUUAAAGCAGAAAUCAAGAGAAUUUGAUCAAGAUUCAAUUGACUCAAUAAGUCAUGCCUCAAUCGAUUAUAAUCAAAUAAUAUAACAUCCAAAACUUCAUACAAGAAAGAUCCUAACACAUGGAACUAGGGCUCCUCAAAACCUAAGUGAAGGGAAGUUACUCCAUAGAGAAGAGAGAGACUGCAGAAAUCUUAUCUAGAUCUUCAAUCUACAUCUCCAAGCUUGAUUCCCGAGCUCCAAUGGCGAAGAAAUCCUCCAAAAUAGCUCCAAGAAUGUUCCCAAGUGGCUCUCUCUCUCUAGGGUUCGUCCCUUGGGUGUUUGGGAACCAAAACCCAGCUCUCCCUCUCCUUUGGCUCAAAAUUGGCUUAAAACCAGAAAUUCCCGACUCACACGGUCAGGCCACACGGCCGUGUGACUCCCCCAGCUACCCGUGUGGCUUUGCAAAACGCGGCGUUUCGUUAAGUGACUUCAGGCUUCCUACGCGGCCACGACCCACACGGCCGUGUGGCUUCCCAGGGUGCCCGUGUGAGUUCCCUGGAAUUUCCACACGGCCACCAGGGGUCCCCUAAACGGCCGUGUGGCUUUUACGCAUGCCCGUGUGGCUUCUCAGCUUCUCGCCAAACGUCCAAACUUCGUCCAAUCGACCCCGAACUCGUUCCCAAACCUUCAUUCACGUACUAGGACCUGAAAUAUCACAAACAAGCACAACCUAGCGUGAAAUCGGCCUAAAACACGAGAAUCAACAUCUCAAACGGCUCGAGAAUAGGGGUAAAAACAUGUGCAAUUAACGGUCUAUCAGUAG